AUGCAGAACGAACAGCUAAACGAAUUUACUCCAGCAGAGCAUAUUCAUCAGAUUCGCUCAUAUUUCGAUAUCAUAGACAAUGCAGUUCAAAUUGGUGACACUAAUAGAAAAUAUUCUGACGCAAAGAUUCCAUCACAACCUGGAACUGCUAAAGAUAACACAUGGGUAACAUUCAAUCUCUCACCUCCUGGUGAAAAUAUGUUGGACCUUUACAAUACAUUCAUUACGUAUAAAAUGGAAGGUCAAUUUAUUGUAGAUAAAGAAAUUGGUUCAGGUUCCAAUAAAACAAACCCACCAGGAUUUUGGAUUGGUUUCGAUGACGCUUUCUAUGCAGUUGCUGGAUAUCAAAUCCUUGCAAAUGGUCGUAUCGUAUAUUCUCAAGACAACGCAAGAGAAGAAGCAUAUAUAACUUCAAACUCACAAACUACCGAACAAAUAAAGAAAGUAGAUGUUUUCUCAAAGACUCGACAUGAAGAUGUAUGGAGUCAUUCGGGAACAUGCAGAACAGGACAAAUUGUUAGUGGUCCAAUUACAGCAGGAAAAUCAUUUGAUUUUAAGCUUCGUUUAAGAAUUCCUGUUAGAAGAUUCCUUCCAUUAGAAGCUAUUCGAUUUAUUCCAGCUUUUGCAGGAAACAUUCAGCUUAAAGUAA